GUGAAAGAUGGAGUUAGAGAUCGGGUUUCGGAGAGAGCGGAGAGAGCUCGGGGUUCUCAAAAGGUUGUCGUGAAAGAAAACACCAAAAUGCAAGAUUUCAAAUUGCAUACGCAAGAAAGAGCGGUGAAGCGGGCCAUGUUCAACUACUCGGUAGCAACCAAGUCAUAUGUGACGGAGAUACAAAAGAAAAUUGAAGAAAAGUUGCACAAGAUGAUUGAAGAGGAAGAGAUUCGUUUGCUGAGAAAGGAGAUGGUUCCAAGAGCUCAACUAAUGCCCUACUUUGAUAGACCCUACUUUCCACAAAGAUCGAACCGACCUUUGACGAUCCCGAGAGAGCCGAGCUUCCUGGUGAACAAGGAGCAAUGGAGCUGCAACACUGACAGUGAACUUUACAGCUUUCAGAGACAAGCUCUAAAACCAAUCAAAUAAAACUAUAAUGUGUAGAUUUGAGUUUGUAAACCAGUGUUUGCUCUGAUUCUACUUUUGAUGCACUUUGUAMAAUUUAGUCACAUAGAGAGRGAGUGAAGUUUUUGAGGUAGAGAAGCAAUUGCUUUCUGACUUGUUUUUUCAAAAUGUAUCAAAAUAAAAUGAAUAUUUCGUCUAA